AGCUGCCGAAGUGAGGGUCCAGAGAUGGGCAGCGAGAAGGAGCAGAGUCCUGGAGCACACCUGCCUGAGGAAGGGGAAGGGGCUAAGCCGUGGAGAGUGGAUGACUCAAAGGACUCUCAGACCACAUCUGGGGAGGAACAUGGACAGGAGAGCCUGUUGGAGGGGCUCCAUGAACAGCAUUCACAAAAGCCAUGGCGGAAAGUCACUACCCAAGCUGGAGGCCCCGGGGAUCCCAUGACUUUCUCAAGCCCAGAGACAGAUGAGAAGCCUUUUACUUGUGCUCAGUGUGGCAAAGCCUUCAACAACACCUCCAACCUGAGAACGCACCAGCGGAUCCACACUGGGGAGAAGCCAUACAAGUGUUCAGAGUGUGGCAAGAGUUUCUCCCGGAGCUCCAACCGCAUCCGGCACGAGCGCAUCCACCUGGAGGAGAAGCACUACCAAUGUGCCAGGUGCCAGGAGAGCUUCAGGAGACGCUCCGACCUCACCACGCACCAGCAAGAUCACCUGGGCCAGCGGCCAUACCGCUGUGACAUUUGUGGCAAGAGCUUCAGUCAGAGCUCCACGCUGGCUGUACAUCACCGAACCCACCUGGAGCCGGCCCCUUACAUCUGCUGUGAGUGUGGAAAGAGCUUCAGCAACAGCUCCAGCUUUGGGGUGCACCACCGUACCCACACGGGUGAGAGGCCUUACGAGUGCACUGAAUGCGGGCGGACUUUCAGUGACAUCUCCAACUUUGGUGCACACCAGAGAACACACAGAGGGGAGAGGCCGUACAGGUGCACCCUGUGUGGGAAACACUUCUCCCGGAGCUCCAACCUCAUCCGACACCAGAAAACACACUUGGGCGAGCAGGAUGAGAAAGAUUCUAGCUAAAGGGGGGCCCUGAUUAGGGAGUAAGGAGAAGGAGGCCUUGAACACCCGCUGUGGCCUCCAAGACUACCAACCCUUCCCUUUGGGGAACAGCUCCUUCUUGCCUUUGUAGUCAGGAAAUUCUGAGAAGGGACUGAGUAAAAAUCCUGUCUCUUCCCAGCAGGUUUUUGCCUUGGAAAAUCAGAGUGCCCACUCUUCAUUUUCUCAGGGGAGGGGGGAAUGGGGAAAUGACAUGCUCUUGUCACUGGGGCAUCAGUCCCCAUGGCUUUGGGGGUAGUGCCAGAGACAGUCUCUGUCUACAGGUCCUCCAAAGUUGUCUAGCUUCACACACACUGCAGUGGCCUGUGAGUUCCUAUCUGCUGUGCCUCAUCCCGUCAGCCUCUAGGGCCGGUGGCUGGGAGGCACGGUCCUCCUGUUGAAGGCCUCUUCAGUCUGAGAGGAGGCUUGUGGUCCCUUCAGUAAGAAUGAAAAGGAAGCCUCAGGGAUUCACAAUCCAGGGACCCUCACCCUCCCGUGCUUGUUACCUGGUUUUCUUACCCCGACUUGUGUCUCUCUCCUCAGUAAUCACCAGUAAAACACUUCAGUGAAAA